GCAGAAAAUUGAAAUGUUCAUAGUUGUUUGAUAGAAAUUGCAUCAAUAAUCCUGAUAAGGAGUUUUUAUAAACAUAAUUCUUGAACCAGCAGUUAGAAAAUUGCCAACCUUGUGGUCUACUCACAGAUUUAGCAGGUUAAUGAAAGCAACCAGACAAUGAUGCAGACUUUACUAAAGUAUUGAACCAAAUAUCUUUUCCCACGUUCUUUCAUUCGGCAAAAGGACGAUGAAUUUACUUGAAAGGAGAAGCAACCUUCAAUUUUCUACCUCCAUCUUACGCCAUGGAUCAUUUACCAUCAGUUCUGGCGUCAUCUCCGGAAUCAUACUCGUCAUUUUGAUGACAUCAUCAUUAAGUCAUGCACAAAGUACUCGUACGUUCCCACCACUGUUCAAUGCAGCCCGUGAGCGACCUGUGUCCACCAACCCUUCAGCCAGCACGUGCGGCAUGACCACUCGUAGUGCCUACUGCCUCAGCUCCACCAAUGUGGACAGUAUCAACCGCUGCCGACAGGGAUACUGUGUACAGACAUGUCCGGGAAGAACGCAAACUCCCGACGCCUAUUUUUUGCUCACUGGAACAAGCCCAGGGAUGGGUUCGUGCGUGGUGGCAGACACUGUCAACACCAGGCCGAACACCCCGAGCGGAGAAUUUUCCACAGUGUUCACGGAGGCCGGAGAGAACUGUUACGUCACACCCCAGGCCACCUCCAUGCAGGACGGGAGCGGCGUGGUAGCUUUCACGGUGGCGGCCUGGGUCUGGCUGGACUCGGAGUCGUUAGGGUACAAGACAUGAUCGUUAGUCUCUAUGUGAACGGCCCAUCAGCUGACUUAGCGCCGACGGCCUCCGCCAAGUUGCUGAGUCCGGUCAACGAUGCGGAAGGGGUUUUCCGAGUCGGAAGGAGCUUUGACGGGAGUUCUCAGUACAUUGGUCGAGUUCAAGAUUUACAUUUCUACACAGAAGCUUUAACAAACAGGGAGGUCAUGGAGGUGUACUCGGGGGUUUUCCCUGAAGUCCGAAUCCAGUCCGACUGCCGAUGUCAGGGAACGUAUCUGCGAGUCAAACCGGACAGUACCCACUACUGUAUGCAAAACGGGAUGCCCGAAGGUUCAGAUCAAACAACUCUUAGAAUUUCGAGGAACGCUCACCCCUUGCAGUACAUCAAUGAUGGGGACAGUAAUAGUAUGUGGAUAUCCAGUUUUCAAAAUGAAGUGGAAAUUGAGGUGGACCUUGGUGAUCAGUUUCAGGUAUUUUAUGUGGUGCUACAGUUCUACAGCUCCUUCCCAAAGGGAGUGACCAUACUUAGACAGAAAGAUGAUUCCUCUCCCUUUGAAGCAUGGCAAUAUUAUGCAGAUGACUGUUCUCGCUUUGGGAUGCCAAACAAUGGAGGUUUUGAAGCUCCUGAUAGUGUGAACUGCUUGCAGUUUGGAACCAACGGCCCCCCUGCACCAUACUCUCUUGGAAACAUCACAUUUAAUCUGUUGGCUCCGGACCCUGUCUCAAGACCUGGAAGUGGAGACUUUUACAACACUCCAGAACUUCAUGAUUUUGUGAGAGCCAGAAGAGUGAAAGUGAUCUUUAAUGACCAUUACUAUGUACAGCACAUCAGACACCAGUACUAUGCUGUGUAUGAAUAUAUUGUAACUGCGUGGUGUGACUGCAAUGGGCAUGCAUCUAGCUGUAACACGGACAACUUGCCAUAUAUCUGUAACUGUUUAGAAGCUAGCAACACAGAGGGUGUUCGGUGUGAAAGGUGCAAACCUCUGUUCAACGACAAGCUUUUCCUCAAAGGUGACGACCUUGAUGCAAAUCCAUGUAAGCCUUGUAAUUGUCAUGGGCAUGCUGAUAGCUGCAAAUAUAAUGUCAGCUUGGAUCCCAACCCUGAAAGUCAUGAACUAGGAGGUGGAGGGGUUUGUGUGGACUGUCAGCAUUUUACCUCUGGGAGAUUUUGUGAAGGAUGUGUUGAAAAUUACUAUCGACCGAGCGGUGUAAGCUUGUACGAUGUUGAUGUGUGUCAGCCAUGUGACUGCUUUCCUGAUGGCACUGUUGGAGAAAAACAAGACUGUGAAAAGGUGAGGAAGAAAAUUGUAAAUAUAUACAGGCAUGAAUGUAACAUUGUGCCAUAUAGUGCUUUGAUGCUUUUGUAUCUCCUGAUAGUCUGUCAAUCAAUAAUUUUAUUGAUGCUUCUUUAUGUUUCGAAGGUAAAUGGUCAGUGCAGCUGUAAAGCAAACACAGAUGGACGUCAGUGUAAUGCCUGCAAGCCUGGCUUUUACGGCCUGAGGGGAGACAGUGAGGAAGGCUGUACCCUGUGCAACUGUGAUUCUGUGGGAGUGGAAGGAGGGGAUAUGACAUGUGACCAAGUUACGGGACAGUGCAACUGUAAAGCCUAUGUUAGAGGUAUGUCUGUUCUAAUCAUGGUUAUGAGUGUUUGGCGGGUGCGUGGUCCUUUGCAGGCUCAAAUGCGAGAAACAACUCAUUUUGUCAGCACACUUCACAAAUGUUCUUUCUUUAUGUGGCCAGGUCUUCGAUGUGAUCAGUGCGAAUUCAGCUAUUAUGGCCUGUCAGAGAAUAAUCCCGAAGGUUGCACUCCCUGUGACUGUAACCCUAGUGGCUCCACAACCAUAUACUGCGAUCCUGAUAAUGGUCAAUGUUCGUGCAAGUUCAAAGUGCAAGGACUCAAAUGUGAUGUCUGCAAGGAUGGUUUUUACAACUUCACAGCUGGAUGUGAAUCUUGCAAUUGUAACGUGAAUGGCACGGACACUAGUGCAAGUUGUGACAAAACUUCAGGCCAGUGCACAUGCAAAAGGAAUGUGGAAGGUCUGUACUGUGAUGUAUGCAAGGAAGGAACCUACAACUUUGGAGCCUCCCUCGCAUUUGGUUGUGAGAACUGUCCAUGUUUUGUGGAUGGCACAGUGAAUGGCUCUGGGUCCUGUAAUGCGACCAGUGGAAGUUGCUUCUGCAAAGAGAAUGUAGAGGGUCAGGGCUGUGACCGGUGUAAACCCAAUACAUGGGGGCUCAAUGGAACAGACCCUCUGGGUUGUCAGCCAUGUGGCUGUGACUCCACAGGUAAUGGAAUAUUUAAUACCUUGUAUAAUAAUACAGAAAAACAUGAAGUUUUUGCAUUUGCCUUGUAUCUUAUUAGGUACCAUAUUCUUCGUAAUGUUUUUCAUUUUGUUCUGUGUCAAAUGUGUCUGCUGUUUUGCCAUCUACUCUUCUUUUUAAAAAACAACUCUACAGGGACUUUGUUACUCGAUCUUUCUGUGUGUGAUCAGAACAAUGGACAGUGUUCCUGUCUGACAAACAGACAAGGCAGACGAUGUGAUUCCUGUGCUCAAGGAUUUUAUAUCAACCCGGAAAGAGGCUGUCUCCCCUGUGUUUGUCAUCCCAAGGGAACUCAGUCUGGCACAUUUUGUGAUUCCGUCACUGGCUAUUGUGAAUGUAAAGGAGGGGACUUUGGCGUUGGUGGAGCCAACUGCAAUAAAUGUCUACCGACCUUCCAUAGUUUUCAACAGCGACAUGGAAAGUGUUCUCCUUGCAACUGCUUGGAAGGUGGCAGCUUGAAUGAAACUUGUGAUCCUAGCUCGGGUCAGUGCAUAUGCAAAGAGUAUGUCACAGGGAAGCCUUGUGAUGAGUGUAAGCCUGGCUCCAGCCGCUUGGAUCCUGAUAAUCCAUUUGGAUGCAGCACAGAUCCUUUUCAGCAACCUCCUCCUCAAAUAGAUGAUAAAAAGAGAGGAUCAACUUUCAUAAAACUUAAGUGGGGUCCCCCUGAUUUUCCAAAUGGAGUGAUCAUUGGCUACACAGUUUUUCGUAACAACUCAGAAGUAGGAAACACAUCUACUGAUGUUUUUGAGCUUUUGGAUGAAAAUCUCCAGCCGUACACGUACUACAGCUAUGUUGUUGAAGCCAGUAAUGAUGUGGGGUCCACCAUGAGUACACCAGUGGUCUUUCAGACAUUGCCAGGGAAACCGACGAGUGAUAUGGUGCUCUCUGUGACAGACAUCAGAGCCCGCAGUGCAUAUUGUACCUGGACGCAGCCGUCUUUUAUGAAUGGUCCUCUGCUGAAAUAUGUCAUUGUAUCAACGGCAGGAGAUGAUAAUAAUACUGUGGCGGAGUGGGAGGGCACUGAACUCUCGGCAAUGGUAACCACAUUGUUACCUUACACCCAGUACAAGCUGCAGGUUCGAGCUUGCACUGUCGGUGGGUGUGCUGACAAUGAGGGUGUUGAGUUUGUUACUUUGUCAGCUCCCCCUGAGGGUCAGAGACCACCUGACAUUACAGCCAUCAGCAGCUCCGAACUCAUGGUGUCAUGGCUUCCUCCUGUGUUACCUAAUGGAAUUAUCAGCUUCUAUGAGCUCUGGUUCAGAGGACCCAAAAAUGCUGAAGGAGACUAUGUUCCAUCGCAGACAAGAAUAUUUCAUCCUAGUGGACGAUAUGACCCUCUGAACCCCACAGCAGAAAACCCUCUGAACGCACCGGACACAUCAUACAACGUGUCAGGACUGAUGGCUUUCACAGCUUAUGAGUUCCAGAUAUUGUCCCAGAAUGAUGCCGGGAAAGCUGCUAGUGUUUGGGCACAGGGGCGAACACUUGAAGCUUUUCCUGCCUUCAUAACCCCACCCACAGUAGAGGGAACUAGUAGCACUGACCUGACUGUUAGCUGGGAGUCUCCACCAGCAAAAGAUGCACAAGGACUGAUUAUCAUUUACAAGUUGUAUCAAAAUGUACGCUUGGAUUCAGCCUCGGAUCCAUUUGGCCCUCCAUAUGUGUGGAAUAUGGUUUUUAGAGGUGAUGGAAGUGUUCUAAGCCACACUGUGUCAGGACUAACACCAUACUCGGAGCACAGUUUUAUCUUGGAGGCUUGCAAUAGCAUAGGAUGUGUGAACAGUACUGCAGUUACUGGGCGGACCCUUGUGGCAGGCCCCAAGGGAGUGGAGAAACCGGUGGUUGAUGGCUUCAACACCACUGUGAUGGAGAUUGUGUGGAAGGAGCCGUUGUUUCCUAAUGGGCCACCUCCGAAAUACUCUGUGGAGAAGACCAACAUUGCCCUCAGCUACCCAGCUUCUGUAGUCAGGGGCACCAGAUUUACCGGUGGUGGCUAUUACGUCUUUCCCCCAACAGUGAUCCCGCAGAACGUUGCCUUCACAGGCAUUCGUUUCAGGUUCCGUCUUAAAAAAGGGUCAGGACUUCUUUUGUUUACUGCGUCGGUGACCCAAGAGGAGUUUCUUGCUGUGCAGUUUGUAAACGGACGUCCGAGGUUUAUAUUUGACACCCAAGGCUGUAAUUCCUAUGCGUUUAUCGGCACCACCAAUGAUGAAGGAUUACAAUACAAUAACGACAAAUGGCAUACUUUUGUGGCUCGGAGAAAUGGAAUUAACGGCAUAGUCGUUGUGGAUGACAAGUGGAUAGGAAACAGUAGUAUUCGGGAUCAGUCCUGCAAAGACACAAGCAUAAUUGGCCCUACAACUGCAGUAUAUGUCGGUGGUUUUCCUCCUGACUAUGUGCUGAGACGCUAUACACGCAACCGAGAGAUAGAGACUGAGUCGCUUCAAGGAUGCAUUGACAAUGUAGAAAUUUUACAACAAAUCAACCCAGAGGAAGUCUGGAAAAGCUUGGACUGGUCUGAAGGGGUUUCUAACGACUUGGCAUUCCUCAAUUGGCAAGGGUGUCCAAUUAAUUUAGAGAAUGGAAUCCAUUUCAUGGGUAAAGGUUUCCUCAUGUUGGCUAAUUGUGACUCGAGGUCUAACUGUGAUAUAAAGGGCAAUAAGAUUCGCAUCCGGUUCCGUAUGAGAACUGCACUUCAUACUGGUCUACUCUUUCUUAUCUAUGGUGGAAAAAAUGUAUACAUGUACAGUGUCCUUGAGAACGAUCGCCUGAGAUUUGUUAUCAGCGACAACAAUGUAAAGACUGAGGUGACAUAUGAUGAUCCGGACAUAACGUUUUGUGACGGCAAGUGGAACAUACUAAUAUUCGACAAGCAAGGCCAGGAGGCCAAAAUUACCAUCCCUGACAAAAAAGAAGUCGCAAUUGGUGACCCGAAUGUGCCCAUGAACCUUAUCUUUACAUCGCCAAUACACCUUGGAGGUUUGAAGUCAGACUCGGAAGUGGAGACAUAUGUGAAGGAAAAUGGACUUGAUAUUCCUGGGGACGGUUUUGGUGGCUGCAUCUCUGGCUGGAUAGUUAAUGAAAGAUCAAAAGAAGACUUCAACUCUGUUAUUGAUGUGGCAAACACCAACUUGGACGGAUGUCCAGCUUACCACGAACCAGAGGAAACAUGCCAGUCAAGCCUGAUUACUGAGGUUUAUGAGGGCAUGGACACCGUAGCUUAUGAUACUGGAUUGCAGCCAUACACAGAUUACAUCUAUAGAAUUGUAGCAUCCAAUGAUGCUGGAGAGGGCUACAGCUCCUGGGGUUAUGGGCGCACCAGGGAAGGAGCUCCCAGUGGAGUGAAAGGUCCUACCAGUUUACGAGCUAUUUCUGGAAAUGAGAUAGAAGUGAUAUGGCAAGAACCAACAAUCACCUCUGGACUUCUCACCAAAUUUAUGGUCAUGGCUUACGUUACAGACAGCGAGGAAAAGAAGUUUGUGUCUUUGGACAUUCUGGAUGUGACUUUCACUGCUGUGAACAUGACCGGAGUUGUGCCAGACACAAAUUACACAGUGAAGAUUGUGGCCUGUACAACAGGGGGCUGCACAGAGAGUGAUGAUGGCAGGGAAGUCUUGACACCCGUUGAAGCUCCCCAGGGAGUGCCAGCCCCUACAGCGGCGGCCGGGGCAACAUACUUGUUUGUACAGUGGGAGGACCCGGCUGAACCAAACGGACCAAUCACAGGCUACUUUCUCUAUCAGAACAACCUGGAGAUUUACAACGGAGGGAGACUCUACUUUAAUGUCACUGGCUUACAGGUGUACACGGCCUACAGGUUCUAUAUCUCAGCCUGUACGUCUGCUGGCUGCUCUGAUGGCCCUUCUGAAGCUCUCAGCACAGCGCAGCUGCCUCCCACUUCUGUGGGGCAAACGUCAUUACUGGUCUUAGGUACAAAGCGAAUCAAAGCAUUUUGGGAACGUCCUACCCAGCUCAAUGGAGUACUGGAGUCUUAUCUUUUGUAUGCCUCUACUGCUGAAGGAGAAUUGGGAACCGUUGUAUAUAACAGUACUAUCCUUCAGCCUGACUAUGAAAUUGAGGAUCUUAUUGCAGGGACAACCUACUAUAUUACAUUAGGAGCUUGCACUGGUGGAGGCUGUACGCUUGGAGCUGCCAGUUCCGCCACCACAGAAGAGAGUGCUCCAGAGGGUGUGGCCUCACCCGUGGUUACUUCCCCUAAUCCAUAUGAGCUUAAUGUUGUCUGGGACUCCCCUAAAUUUCCAAAUGGUGAGAUCACAAACUAUGUCCUCUUCCAGAAUGGGGCUGAGGUCUCUCAGGGCCUCACCAGAUCUUACUCUGUGGGUGAUCUAGAGCCGUACAGCAGGCACACUUUCAGGGUGCGGGCCUGUACCGCUGAAGGAUGCGCUCUCGGUGAUGAGGUGGAGGCUCGUACAAAAGAAGCCGAACCAAAAGGAGUGAUAGUUCUCCAGGCUUUCGUGUCUGAUCCCAGAACUGUGAAUGUUUCUUGGAGUCUUCCAGACAAGCCAAAUGGGAAAUUUGUGUUCCACGUUUUUUUCAAUGGUCUCUUCUAUAGUGAUCCAGAGUCAUGGAAUUACACAGUUAGCACCGAAAACAGACUGAUGUUGGAGGAAGAGACUGCUUUUACUGUGUACCAAGUGUCCCCUCUUGUACCAAUGUCUACAUAUAGCAUACAAGUGAACGGAUCAAACUCUGUUGGGUCUAUUCUCAGCAAUGUGCUGGAUGUCACUCUACCUUCAAGCUAUCCUGAUGGAAUGGCUUCGCCGAACCUUUUGUCAGAAACUCCCAGCACUAUCACAGUCACCUGGCAGCCUGUGGGAAGGGUGAAUGCUGAAGAAAUCCCAGCUUAUGUUGUGCAGUUUAUGGAGUCCACUGAUGGAGCCAUCAUUCAAGAUGUGUUUGGACCUACAGUGACUCUCAGAUACAUCAAAAGAAAUCUGCUUGCUUUCACAAAAUACAACUUCAGAAUUGUGGCCAGCAACAGCUUUGGGUCGGUUCAGUCUCCAUGGGUCUCUCUAGUCACGCGACAAGACAAACCGGCAACCAUGAAUGUACCUUUUGUGGCCAGUGUGCAAGCGAGAUAUGUGGAUAUAAUUUGGUCCAAACCCUUGAGCCCCAAUGGCAUCAUCAGCAACUACAAUAUUAUUGUGAAUGGAGAUCGUCAGAUUCAGGUUGAUGGCAACAUCACAGCUUACCAGGUGGACAAACUGCUGCCCUUCACAUACUAUUCUUUUGAAGUAGAUGCUUGUACUGUCGCUGGCUGCACAAGAAGUUUAUCUUCGUCUACUGUGAGGACACUGCAAGACUUACCAGAACAACUAUCCAAGCCAAAUCUGACUGCUCUGAGCCCAUCUGCCAUCGAGGUGGAGUGGAUGGAACCGGGGAAAGCCAAUGGAAUUAUCUUGCAAUACAUCAUUGAAAGGAAAGAAGGCUCUGAAGGAAAUUCCACUGUUGUGGCAUCAAGAUUUCCUGAAAUGGCCAAGACAUUCAUUGAUGAGUCGAAUGACUUAUCCCCAUUUUCCAUGUAUAACUACAGAGUCAAUGUUCAAAAUAGUGCUGGCACCGGGGUGGGGCCAUGGAGUCAGAUCGUCACAGGUUCUUCACGUCCAGCAGGACUGAACCCACCAACUAUCACUGGCCUGUCACCCACAUCUGUGCUGGUGCAGUGGUCUGAGCCCCUGCAGCCCAAUGGUGAAAUUGAGGUUUACGUGUUACGGUUCCCAGAACCACGUAUAGAAGUGAGGAACACUACAGAGAGGGCUUCGGUUGUCACCGACCUUGUGCCAUACACAGAUUAUUCGAUCACUGUCACAGCUUGCACUUCUGGCGGAUGUACAGAGAGCAUUCCGUCUGUGUUCACCACAAUUGCCACCAUUCCUGCAGGUCAGGGGCCCCCAAAGCCAGUUGCCAUAUCUCAGUCCCGAAUUUCUGUAUCGUGGCAGCCUCCAACUUUUCCGAAUGGACCAAGCAUACGUUAUGAACUGUCUAGGAUGAAAGUUAGACAGCCACUUGAUAGUACGGUGACCGACAUUGGCAUAUGGACCAGUGUGUACGAGGGAGAAGAUUUGUUCUUCCAAGACCAAGAGCUUCCAAUGUUCACCACAUACGUGUACCGUGUUGCUGUAUUCAACGGAGUGUCUCAGACCACCAGUGAAGAUUCGAUUGAAGCCACAACCUUUGGAGGACUGCCUCGACUUCCAGCUAUAGUUUUUACUUCACCUAUUGACCAUCUCAGUGUCCAGGUCAACUGGACCCUGCCUGAUCCUGUUGAUCUUCAGGGAGAUGUGGAGAGUUUGACUCUAACAGCAAGAAACUUUGAUGAUGAGCGUUUGUUUUACCCAGAGGUUGAUGUUAAUGAAUAUAUCGUCACUAACCUUCAGCCAAACACGGAAUAUACAGUUAUUCUUACCGUGACCAUAUUUGGAGGCGCUUCUAUAGACAGCAAACCACAGAGAGUGAAGACUGAAGAUGGAGCACCAUCAGGACUGGAUCCGCCCCAGCUGUCUGUUGUGAGCAACACUGCUCUCCGUGUGUCUUGGCUGGCUCCUGCAAGUCCCAACGGAGUCAUCAUCUCUUACAGUGUGCUCAUCAAUGACCGGAGAGUGGACACUGGCUCUGACCAGCCAGGCUCUGCUGUUGUGUCUGAUUUACAGCCAUACACGGUUUAUGAUGUCCGAGUUGAAGCCUGCACAGUGUACUCCUGCACUGUGAGUGAGAGCACGCUUGGGACAACUGCUGAAGCAGCUCCUCAAGGCUUAGCAGAUCCUGUUGUUAAAGUGGACAGCUCCACACAGGUGACGGUGGUCUGGCAACCCCCAGUGAAGCCAAAUGGUAUUAUACAGAGAUACGACCUCAAAAGGAAAACCCUGAGGAGCUGCGCAGAAGUUCCAAUCCCCACUGUGAAUCCAGAAUUUGAAAAGUGCACAUACAUAGAAUGUGGUAUUUUUGAAAACCUAUGUGGAACAGUUUGCUACUCUGGUGCCAAGGUAUGCUGUGAUGGAAGACUACAUGAGUCCAGACCAGACUUUGCCUGCUGUGGUUCUGAGUAUGCUCUGAAGCCCAAGGAUGAUUAUAUCUGUUGUGCAGGGCAGUUUUAUCCUCCCAAGGCAAACUUCACGUGUUGUGGAAACAGAUAUUUACAAGUUCACCCUGGAGAAAUUUGCUGUCCUGAUGCUGGAGAGGACAGAGUGUCCAUCAGUCAAGGAGAUGUGUGCUGUGGUUCAAUUCCAUAUGCUUCCUCUGGGGCUCAGCUUUGUUGCAAAGGAAAGCUAGUUAGUAAAUUUGGCAGCAAGUGUUGCAAUGGAGAGGUGAUCGCUGACACUACAGUCUGUUGUGGGAAUGAUCUGAAAGGACAAGUACAUCUUCCGAAGGUUGGCCAUGAGUGCUGUGGGGUGGAGUAUGUGGAGACCAGCAUCUCGCUGUGUUGUAUAAGUGACACAAAACACACCAGGGUACACUUCUACUCCAAUGCUGAGGAGAAGCAGGUGGCCUCGGACAAAUGUUGUGGUCUCAGUCGCAUCACCAACAACCUGGGCUGCUGUAACUAUGUGGGUUAUGACUUACUCACUCAGGUCUGUGCUGACAGAUCGCCGCAGGAAAAAGGCUGUGGUACUGGUACCAUAUGUCCUUUGAGCCAGGGACCCUCAGCAUUUUGUGACCGCUGUGAUUUCGACUCCAACACACACACUUGUGGUCAUGUGACAGGCUAUUUAAAGGACCCCCCUCCAACACCGGACCCCACCUCAACUUGCACAGUGCAGACGGAAAUAAUCUAUUCUGGUUCUGACUUGACUUUUGUAGAUACUGCACUGAGCCCGUUUUCCAUGUACGAGUAUUCUGUGACGGCAGUCAACAACGCUGGCUCUGUAAACAGUCACUUCAUUUCCGUGUUGACGCAGGAAGCUGUGCCUGAACUUGUUAACCCUCCAACAGCCAGCAUUGCUGCAGGCCAACUCUUUGUUAUCUAUGUGUCCUGGACUCAGCCAGAUAAACCAAAUGGUGAUAUUACUGAGUAUGUACUGCAGAGAGAUGGUGUGGACCUGUACAAAGGUGUAAACACUAACUUCACUGAUGAUCUGAACAUACUGCCCUACCAAAGCUAUUCCUAUAUGCUCAGGGCAUGCAAUGUGGCUGGAUGUGCUGAUAGUGAACUGGUCACGGUGGCCACAGCCCAGGCCACACCUGAGGAUCUACAGCCUCCCAACGUAGAGGUGGUCAAUGCAACCCAGCUCAAAGUGGCUAGUGUGCCCCCAGGGAAACCCAAUGGCGUGGUGCUCUCUUACAGUGUCAGGCUAGUGGAACUGGGCACAUUCUACAACUCAACGGUGCCCCAGGAAUUUAUUGUCAGUGGUCUCUCUCCAUAUACGACAUACACAUUAGACAUGAGUGUGUGCACGACUGUGGGCUGCUCCACAAGUCCCAAUAUCACCGUCACAACUGAUGAGCUUGCCCCACAAGGUGUAAAUCCUCCCCAAAUUGUUGUCAUUAAUGCUGAAAGCAUUGAGCUGUAUUGGCAGCCCCCUGACCUGCCAAAUGGUGUCCUGAAGGAUUACAAGAUUUUGCAGGUGAAGCCUCUUCCAGUGGCUGUGGUCUACAUUGGUGAUCAGACCUCUCAAAGACUGUCAGGGCUAACCAGUGGCCAAGCGUAUUCCUAUCAGCUUCAAGCAGAGAAUGGUGCGGGUGUGGCUCAAAGCUUACCCACUGAGAUCAUCAUGCCAUUGUUUGCCCCUCUGCUGGUACCACCUCCUCAGUCUGUGAAAGUGCAAAGCUCAAGGUCCAUCCGAGUGAGAUGGAUGGCUAUCACCUCAGACCAAGGAGAAAUAGAUCAGUACAGAAUCCUGCUCAAUGUGGGACAACCUACAGAGGUAGUGCGAGGUGUGGGCUUAGAGACAAGUGUUACCAUUCCAGACUUGGUUCCUUACACCGAGUAUGAGGUACGGCUCCAGGCGUGUUUGCGUAACGUGCUUAAUGGUUGUGGCACAAGCAGUGGUGUUCUAGUGCAGACAAAGGAAGACGACCCCCAGGGAAUGGGUGCUCCGAGGUUACGAGCUGUGUCCUUUGAUGCGGUGCACAUUGCUUGGGACCCGCCAUCUGAACCUAACGGACUCAUAAAAAAGUACAGAGUGUAUCAGAGACAGGGAGACAGCUCAAAUCUUGAUAUUCUCAUCAAUGAAGUGGAUGGGGACGUGUUCGAGUUUGUGCAUUCAGGACAAGAUAUCAAACCUUAUGUGGUGUAUGAAUUUAAGGUCGUUGCAAAGAGUGAUCAGGGAGAAGCAGAGAGUAGCUGGGCCUCAGUCAGAAUGCUGCAAGCCUCUCCUGAAGGUCUAGCGGCACCAGUGGUCAGUUCUAUCAGUACGUAUGGAGUGUCUGUAUCGUGGUCACCACCAGGGCAGGAGAACGGACCAAUAUUGGAGUACAGAGUUUACUACAAGCAACUGUCUCCUGUCCCCCAGGAAAGAGAAGACCAUCUAACAGUCGGAGGAGACGUAGCUCAAACAACUCUGAGUGGUCUAGAAGCUUACUCUCAGUAUGCAGUCUCUCUUGAAGCGAGAAAUAGUGCUGGAAGUGUUCGAUCUCGAGCUGUUACUUUCACUACACAAGAGGGUUAUCCGUCAGGUCUGAGCAUGAUUGAUGUGGAAAAGAUAAGCUCGGGUACUGCUGUCAUAUUGUCUUGGAAGAGCCCAGCAAAACCUAAUGGAGUGAUUGUGGCCUAUAGGAUCUAUGAGACUGGCUCAGAUGGGGAAGUUUACAGAGGUUUGGCUCAAGAUUUUGAAUUCAGGAGACUGACCCCAUAUACUGAGUACUCAGUCAAACUAGAAGCUUGCACAAAAGUCGGGUGUACUUUGGGCGAGAGUCAGUCAUUUUACACAGCAGAAGUUGCACCUUCAGCCCAGCCAAGCCCAUCUUUUGGAAACAUUGAUGCCUCUUCUGUUCAGGUUAUGUGGAAACCACCAUUGUAUCCAAAUGGUGUCAUAAAAUCUUUUGAAGUUUUACGGACAAGUAAUCCCAUAAGGGCCAAGAGAGAUGCAACCAGUUUUGUCUUUUAUUAUUCUUACACUGAUCUGACACCCCUUCCUAUGUCAAUGGGUCCUUGUUCUCAAAGUUUUCAGAAGUUCAACUGCAGGCAAAGCCCUGAAGGAUAUGGCUCUAGUCACAAUAAAACCACAAACUCUUCUUUUCAUUUCCAGUCCUUUAACUUGCCUUUCAAUAAUAUAAUGAUUGAUGGCAGGGAGAAUAUGAUACUAACCCGUAUGAAGAGACAAAGUUCAGAUCCAGAAAUUGUUUACCGAACAGAGGACACAGAUCAUGAUUCCUAUGAAUUUAUCGACUCAAGUCUUAAGCCUUUCACAGAGUAUCGGUACAGUAUUCGAACCUCAAACUCUCUUUCCCACACUGAUAGCCCAUGGCAGUCAGUUCAGACUCAACAGGCAGCUCCAGAAGGGGUGGGUCCGCCUCAACUCGCACACAUACCUGACGACAUUCACAGCAUCAAGGUGACCUGGUCUCCUCCGGCCCAAACAAAUGGGGUUCUUCAGAGCUACCAGAUUCGGAGAAAUGACAGCGUCCCAUUUUCAUUUCCAGCAGAUGGGGAUCGCCAGUUUGAAGACUCAGGACUUGCAGCUUUCACCGUGUAUUCAUAUAGGCUGACUGCGUGCACAGGGGCUGGCUGUACUGUUAGCGAACCUUCCACCAUCCGAACCAUAGAGGCUGCCCCUCUCUCUGUUGAUCCACCCACAAUCACACCAGAUAAUUCCUCAGCCUUGACGGCAUCAUGGGAGAAACCUCAGAUCACAAAUGGAGAUAUCACAGACUUCCAGCUCAAAAUGGAUGGUAAUAUUGUUUACUCAGGUUUGUUACAAACUUUCACUAUAGGAGGUUUAACUCCCUAUGAAAAGCACGUGUUUACUAUAACAGCCUGUACAAAAGGGGGGUGCACGGAAAGUGGUGAGGUGACUGGAAGUGCUGACGAUGCCCCACCCACUGGUUUAGCUCCACCCCUUUUGAGAGUGAUCAGCUCUAAGGUGAUUGAGAUCAUAUGGUCGCCCCCAGCCCAGCCCAACGGUAUCAUCUCGUCAUACGACGUGCGGCGUGACGGUCGGUUGAUCUACACCACAGACAUCUCGGUGAGCGGUAGCUUGAUGACCUCCCACACAGACUACAGCCUGGAGCCAGGGGAGGAGUACACCUACACCAUUGUGGCGAGGAACAGAAAGGGCAGUACUGAAAGUGGACCAGCCAAAGCUGUGACCUUUGCCUCUUCCCCCACUGGCCUGGCUCGACCUGUUCUCACUCCAAUAUCCUCCACGUCUAUCAAAGCUGAUUGGGCUCCUCCAGCCAACCCGAAUGGUGUCCUCACCAAUUACACUCUGUAUCAGGGCCUUGCUGUGGUUUACUCUGGUGACCCAUCUGUACUGACCUACACAGUGCCCGGUCUGAGCUACUACACAGAGUACAACUUCCGCAUCGAGGCUUGCACGGCCAGAGGAUGUGAGGUUAGCCCGCCUUCUGUCACCCGAACCCUCACAGCCCCACCGGAGAAUCAGCCAGCACCAUCAUUAGUCGCUUUAGCGGAUGAAUAUGGAGCUCAUUCAGGUGUACGAGUUGUAUGGCAGGCUCCGUCCAAACCGAAUGGAGUCAUUACAGAAUAUGAACUCAUGAGGCGGGAUAUUGUUGCUGGUGUUGACAGUACAGAUCUAAGCUUUGGUGACUCUGUGCGUGUUUACAACGGAAGCGGUACUCAGUACACAGACACAGACUCUGCGCUCCGACCCAACAGUCAGUAUCAGUACAUGGUCAUCUCGGCUAACUCUGCAGGCAAAGCUGGCAGUGCGUGGGAGGCUGUCCGAACGAAGGAGGGUCCACCAGAGGGUGUGCCCCCACCUGUGGUCAAUUCCACAUCCUCCAGCACUAUUACAGUGUCCACAGCGCCACCUGCGGUGCCAAAUGGACAAGUCCGACUGUACAGAAUUCUUGUGAAUGACACAGUUGCCUCUUCUUCUCCUUCUCUGCGGCAGACAGUCGGAUUGUCUACGCCUCUUUUGCCCUUUACUAUGUAUCAACUGAAGGCCCAGGCAUGUACAUCGGGAGGAUGUGCUGACAGUGAAGGGGUCUCAGUGAGAACUGACCCAGCCAAACCCACAGAUCUGGCCCCCAUCCAAAUUGUUGCUGUCGCUUCUGUCAGCGUGGAGCUUGAGUGGACUCCCCCAGCUAGUCCUAAUGGCAGAAUAACAAGAUACGAAGUGUACAUGAGAGUCCCGUGUCCUCCGACCUUCCAACCCUUUGAGCAGACUUGUGUGACUGGUGACGCCCUCACUAUCUACACUGGCAUGAACUUGACCUUUAUACGAGAUGACCUCUCUCCCUACACAGCCUAUGAGUUUCAGGUUCAGGCUUUCAACGAGAAAGGUGGUGUGGAUUUCCCAGACUGGGUUCGAGCAGAGACACAGGAAGCAGAUCCAGUGUACAUCGCUUAUCCACGUCUGUUCAAGAAUGGAACCAUGGCCAUGGUUGGAUGGGCAAAUUCUUUCUCUCUGAACAGCCGGCUGCUUGAAUACAUUGUGCUUGCAAAUGAUCAGAUCAUAUUUCGAGGCAUUGGUGUAGAGACUGGAGUUGAGAGACAGACAAAGAAUCAAGUGAUCAGAUUCUUGAUCCAGGUCAUCACGUACUCUGGACGUGCAGAGUCUCCCAUCAUUGUAUUUGAUCCAAACGCUGUCAACAAUAUUGGGACCACGCUCCCACCUCCAACUGCGGCUGCUCCAGCCAGUAGCACGGCUGUAUAUGAGGAAAUCUGGUUUAUCGUACUGAUGUGUAUACUGGUUCUGCUCAUUCUCUGCAUCAUCCUAGGCUACUGUAUAUGCCGCUCGGGCUCUCGAGAGCCUUACAUCAGGGAGAGGAUGCCCCUGGCAGGGACGCGCCAGCAGCAGCAGCAACAGCAACGGAAGAUGAACAGAGAUCUGUAUGUCAUCAGUGCAAAUGACGGCAGCGUCCUGGAUGGAAAUAGGUUCCCCCCUGAACAGAUGCGUGAUCGGGACAACUUCUAUCAAGGCCCUGGCUUGGGUAUUAUCAACCCGGCAUUUUCUCAAGAUGGAGAGAUUGGACGACUCUCCCCUGGGAAGCUCAGUCGGUUCUCUGCUAAGUAUCAUGAUGAUGAUGACCUGCGAUGGGGCAGGCCGUAUGACAGUGGACUGUUUGAAGAAACUGAAGAUGAUGACAGCCUCAGCGGACGAACAUACAGUUACACCAAGGAGCAGACAGUCUUCACAGACACACACUUGUAGUCAUUGCCAGUUGUCUAUUAGAACUUUCUGUGAAUCUAGUCAUUGAUGUGAGAAUGUAGCUGAACAGGGUAUGAAUGUGUUUCGAACAGGCAGCAUUUGCUGGUUAAAUCUUUCUGAAGAAUGAUAAUGAUGCUUUGUCUACUUAUAUGAAUAAUGGUUCCAUUUUCUAAAGGUGUAUAUUUUUCUAAUCAUUAUGGAAGCCUUCAAGUAUUUUCUGAAUGUUAGUUACUUUAAAAAGGUAGCAGGUUGGCAUACAUUUACAUAAAUACCUGCAUUUUCUUACUUGUGUGUUUGUGCGUGUUGAAUGCAUUUUUUUUAUUUCAAGUAAAAUAUUUUUUUUGUCAAGUGUGGGGAACAUUUAGGAACAUUAUAUGUAGCCUACUUGGAAAUGAGAAAAUCAGUGUAAAAUGGGUCAAAACAAUUCUGUUUGUAAAGGUUUACAAAGAUAGAAAGUGGGACUCUGUUAUACAUAUUUAACAGACUCUGCACAUGCUUUCUGUUGAGAAAAGAAUGAUGUACAAGGUGGCCACUCUAUAUAUCACAAGCGCUUGAAUGAUAAUAAUGCACCAUCACAUUCAUUAAAUCUGUUGAAAAUGUACAUUUCAGAAUAGCACUUUCAGACCACAGCUGACUAAAACAAAGUAGACCCACUAUUACCAUAAUUGAAGCUAAAAACAGUACAAGUGAAAUGGUGUUUGCAUUUCAUGACCCCAAGGUCUGGAAUGCACUGCCUGGUAAUUUAAGAGAGGUCAAAUCUUUGAAUGCAUUUGAAAGUCAACCUAAGUCAUCUCUGCUUUCAAAUGUAGACCUAUCUAGAACACAAUGUGCUGUAUAUGUAUUGUUACUUGUAUUUGUAAACACCCAAAGCCUGUGUAUUUUAAUUGUGGUUGAGCGCUAUAUAGAUUUAUGUCAUAUAUUAUUGUUAAUGUCUCUCUUCAUUUUUAAACAUAUUGUUUGUACUUAAAUACAUUUUUAUAUGAACAUUAAAAGUGAAAUUUAUGUAUAGUCAACAAC